GAUGAGAAACUCAUUUGGAAACAGCGAGGGGAGUUAUAAAAGUUUCCUCAUCUGCAUGUGAAGCAUAUAAGAGGUACUUAAGAUUGGGACAGUUCUCCACAUCCUCAUAUUGACACACAGGGAAAAGAAAACACAGACAAGGAAUAAGAAGAAAUAAUCAGGUUUAUCCAAGGAAGAGUAAAAUGAAGUUGAUGUUCAAACCCCUUCUUUUCCAUUUGCUCCUGUACUGUGCAACACAGGCAUUAGGUGUCACGAUCCAGUCUGUCCCAGAAGUCAACAGUGAGGGUGUUAUACAGACAGAGCUGGAGAAGACUGUGUCUCUGGUUUGUCAUGCUGACGGAGGCCAUGAGAGUCAGGCCGAUGAAGAGUUGGUCUGGCUGAGGAAUGGUGCUGUCGUCAGUCUGAAGGAAGAAAAUAUGAAGGGUAGCAGCAGAGUGUGUGUUACACCCGUCAUCUAUGAAGACAAUGGUGCCACUUUCACCUGCCACCUGAGCAGAAAUGCCACAGUUGGGGCCUCAGUCACCCUGAAUGUCACAUAUCACCCACAGUUCUCUGGGUCAGAGGAAGUUGUCGUAGAAGCUGAGGCAGAGUUAGUCUUGCGCUGUGAUAUCUGGGCCAAUCCACCAGUCUCAUCCAUAUCUUGGACACUGAAUGGAAGCACAGUGGAUCUAAAAGCAGGUGGCUUCACGGUGACCAAUGAUGGCUUUACAAGCCAGCUAAGCGCCAAUUUCGUGGAGAAAAGCCUGCAUGAAGGCACCUAUCAGUGCACAGUGGACUCUCCCAUCUAUGGAGAACAUAGCAAGAUGUUCAAUGUCACAGUAACAGAAAAGACCAUGAAGUUCCCACUGCUGCCCAUGUUAGCAGGACUAGUGGUGGUGUGCCUUACUGCGCUUCUUGCCGUUAUUGCACGGUGGGACAAAAUUACAAAGUGCUGCAAGUAGGUUGUGCCCAAAAUAACCGGUCUUCUCUACUUCACUCUGAGAGAAGCCAUGAAGACAUCAGUACUCUGUUUUGUGUACACUAGACUGUGAUUACCUGUUCAUGUAGCCUAGUUUUUAAUUUUAUUAUAUCAUAUCAUAAAGAAUGGUUCAACAUUUUGGGAAAUGGGAGUUCGAAGACCAAUACUACAUUCAUAUCAGUCUGGUAAAUAUGAAGCUACAGUACAGCCAGCAUCUGAUUAGCUUAGCUUAGCACAAAGACUGGAAUCAGCUGGCCUGGCUCUCCCCCAUAAAACCACAUGAGACAUGAGUGGUAUCAAUCUUCUCAUCUCAUCUUGUAAGUAGGCCUCAGUGUUCCUGUGUAGACUAAGCAAUGUAAAAGGGAGCUAUUAAAGAUUGCACUGCAGCCACUUA